CCGCCCCUUGAGCGUGGUGUCAGAGCGAAAUAGAAGCUCCGGUUGGUCGGGUCGACGGACAACAUCUGCUCGACUCCUUCAUUCAAGUGACACCAGAGCUGCCAGGGAUAUUUGAGGCACCAUCCUUUCCCUUUCCCGGCCACUUCUAGCACUUGUACCCGCUCUGAUCGUACGCGUUGAGUGCUUCUGUAAAGAUCCGGGGAGCUCUCGACCGCUUAGCCCUCUUUGCAAAGAGGCGAGAAGUGAGAGGGGGCGAGGCCUUCAAGCGGUGUGGGUUGGAAAACCAGGACCAUGUGUGCGGAGUGGUUAGGAAGAUUAGUUACCUUGGCGUUGGUCUUUGCAAGCUUUGAGCCAGCCGUGGGCACAGAAGCCACCAAUCCACCGGACGGUGCCCAAGACAGAGCCCCUCACCAAAAAGGGCGACUGUCUUUGCAAGAUACAGCUGAAAUCCAGCACUGCCUGGUCAAUGCUGGUGAUGUGGGAUGCAGUGUGUUUGAGUGCUUUGAAAACAACUCCUGUGAGAUCCGAGGUUUACAUGAGAUCUGUAUGACAUUCCUUCACAAUGCUGGAAAAUUUGACGCCCAGGGGAAGUCUUUCAUUAAAGAUGCUCUGAGAUGCAAGGCUCAUGCCUUACGGCACAGAUUCAGCUGCAUCAGUCGCAAGUGCCCCGCCAUCAAGGACAUGGUCUUCCAGUUACAGCGAGACUGCUAUGAGAAGCACAAUCUUUGCUCUGCAGCUAAAGAGAACGUCCAUGUCAUUGUGGAGAUGAUUCACUUCAAAGACUUGCUGCAACAUGAACCAUAUGUCGACUUAGUGAACAUCCUGCUUACUUGCGGAGAAGAGGUCAGAGAAGCCAUCACACAGAGUAUCCAAGCACAGUGUGAACAGAAUUGGGGUAGCUUGUGUUCUGUCUUGAGUUUCUGCACUUCAGUCCCACAUGGAGAUUCUACCCUGGAACCUGAGAGAAAACCAAAUGAAAUCUUCAGAUUGCCUGCCAGCCAAGGGGACAUCAUAAUCCACCCUGAAUCUGACCCCAGAGAGAACUCCCGAAGCACCAGAGGGGAAAGAGGUGGCAGGAUCCCAAUGAAUGCUCACACUCGCUCUAAAGCUGGGAGUCACAAUCCCAAAAUGGCCCAUGGGAUCAUUGAACAGGCUGAAGAACUGUCUGAGUUCUCUGACAUCCGAAGGUGAAAGGAGGAAUACAGCCCUUCCUUCCUCCUCCACCAGAAACUUCCUCCAUUGAGUCCAUUUUCUUAUCUAGGGGCAUUCCAAAAAUAUUUACAAUAUAGAGGGGUGGUGUCAGGCACAGGGCAUUGUGGGAAGUAUGACUGUGUCAGUGUAGGUAUUCUAAGCAACAGAGGAACAGCAGUGGCUAUUAGUUAUUGAUUGUAUCCAGCAAAUUCAGUCUGUAGGUGCAACAGAUUGUCUUCAUUUAAAUUAUUUUAUCCCUUCAAAAGAGGACAUGAGGUUGGACGCAGGGAGUCAUGGUGGUUUAUUUCUUUGUUUAUCAGGGAUAGAGGAUGGACUUGUCUGAAUUUUCAUUUGUCCACUAUUAGCUUGAUGUCUAUGGUAGGUUCAGCAUUUAGUCUCUAGGCAGAAAAUAAUCAGUUUGCUGUCUGUCGGAGGCCACAAGGGGGCUACUAAAAUGGAGUUCUAUAUUGAGGAGCUUUCUGCUUCAAACUAAAACAGUUUCUUUGAGCCAUUUGCUCUUGCCUGGGUGAUACCACCUGCCUUAAGUGUCACUUUAAUUGGUUUGUGUGGAUCACUGCUCAUCUUUUCUCCCUAUUGUUACAGUCUCCUCUGGAAAUCAGGUGAUUAUAUAAACAAAUUAUAGCCAAGGUGAUUGGAUCUUUUCAGCUGCCCUAA